UCGGCCGGGGAUCGAGACAGGCUGCUUGCAUGGGCCAAUAAGAGUCUCCAAAAGUGCAGGGUUAUAUGGUGAGAUCUAGUUGUCUCAUCAUCCAUGUGAGAUUUAGCUUAUUGUAUUGUUGACAAGAAAAGGCCAUGCCUGUGAUGCUGUGCAUAUAUCCUUCCUUUUCAACACUCCUACCUCCCCUCUGUGUUGUGUUGUGUUGCUCUCUCUCUCUCUCUCCACCCAUCCACUCUGAUCACUACUACAAUUAAGCAAAGGGAUCGGAUCGGCAAAAAGGGCCGGCAAAAAAAAAAAAUGGGGAGGCCUCCAUGCUGCGAUAAGGCGAGUGUGAAGAAAGGGCCUUGGUCACCCGAGGAGGAUCGCAAGCUCAAGGAGUACAUCCACAAGCAUGGCACCGGCGGCAACUGGAUCGCUCUCCCUCACAAAGCUGGGCUGAAGAGGUGCGGGAAGAGCUGCAGGUUGCGGUGGCUGAAUUACCUGAGGCCAAACAUCAAGCAUGGCGGCUUUUCUGACGACGAGGAUAGGAUCAUCUGCAACCUCUUUGCUACCAUUGGAAGCAGGUGGUCCAUCAUCGCAGCGCAGCUCCCUGGGAGGACGGACAACGACAUCAAGAACUACUGGAACACCAAGCUGAAGAAGAAGCUUAUCAUGGGCUUCCAGCAGCAGCCACUUCCUGCCACCCACCACCACGACAGGUCCAACAAGCACCAGCAGAUCUUCUUCCCCGCAGCAUCGUCAUCAGCAGCAGCACCAGCAGAAGCUCCUCCCUUGUUGCUGCAGCAUCUCUCUGCCUCUCCUCAUUAUUCUCUGCAGCAUGCCACCAGCAGCAACAACUCCAAGAAAUAUUGUUCAACGUCCGAACUCCUCGAGUUCGGAGGCAAUGGUGAGCAGCAGAUGAGCUCAUCGUGUUCGGACAAUGGCGGUGGCCUUGGCCUGUGCUUUGAGCUGUGCAACAACAGCUCCGUUGCGGCGGGCUUAGAGAGCUUCAUCCUCGGCGGCUUGCAAUUGCAGCAGGAGGAUCAUCAAAAGCAGGCUCUACUGCUUGCCGGUGAUCAGCAGCUGGAAUAUCAGUACUACAGCCCCGCGGCCUGCUGUUAUGACUAUGAGCAAGAAACGAAGCCUAACUUUGUUGUGGCGGCGAGUGGCGGCCAUGGUGGUCUCCCUCUGGCAGUAGCAGCAGCGCCUACUGGCCUUGAUGCAAGUAGCAACAGCUUCUUCCACAGCUACAGCGAGGAGACGUACAGCAACAACGACGAGUAGCCAAGCCUAGAGU